CUUGGUCAACUGAAAAUAACGCGGUUGAGCUCGAGGUGGCAGUGGUGGACUGAACUGUCAGUGAGGUUAAGAAAACACUUCUGUUGUGGUUAUGGAAGACUGAGUACUGAUUCAUGUCGAUAGUUUAAACGUUAAACUGAACCCUGGAAGAAGCAGUGUCGGUUAGAGCGGUCAGAGCUUAGGCGCUUGAACUUUGGUUGUCAAAGUCAGCGGCGCGUGAAGGAGCCGUUAAACCAUCAUCAGGAAGAAGAAGAAGCGUCACCGCCCGCUCGGAGCUCGCUCUCUCUCGGCAGGGGACGACAGAACACGGUGCGCGGCCAUGGCUGCCCUCGGCAACUCGGGGACUGUUACGUCCAGUCCGAUGGUGGUCCUGGCGCCCAAGACGAAGACGAAGAAGAAGCACUUUGUUCAGCAGAAGGUGAAAGUGUUUCGAGCCAGCGAGCCCGUAGUGAGCGUGUUCAUCUGGGGCGUGAAUCACUCGAUCAAUGAUCUCAGCCAGGUUCCUGUUCCCGUCAUGCUCCUGCCUGAUGACUUCAAAGCCAACACUAAGGUCAAAGUCAACAACCACCUCUUCAACAAAGAAAACCUUCCCGGACAUUUUAAGUUCAAAGAAUACUGUCCUCAGGUCUUCCGAAAUCUAAGGGAACGUUUUGGUAUCGAGGAUCUGGACUAUCAGGUGUCUUUAACCCGCAGCCCCCCGGUGAGAAGUGCAGACGAUCAGGGAGAGAGUCUCCUCCUCAACUCCUACGACCGAACUCUUGUCAUCAAGCAGAUCUCCAGCGAAGACGUUGCAGACAUGCACAACAUUCUGUCAGAGUAUCACCAGCACAUCGUGAAGUGCCACGGCAGCACGCUGCUGCCCCAGUUCCUGGGAAUGUACCGAGUAAGCGUCGACAGCGAGGAGGCGUACCUCAUCGUCAUGAGGAACAUGUUCAGCCACAGACUCGUGGUGCACAGGAAGUACGACCUGAAGGGCUCUCUGGUUGAUCGUGAAGCAAGUGACAAAGAAAGGGAAAAAGAGCUUCCAACCUUUAAGGACAUGGACUUCAGGAACAACAUGCAGAAGGUGUACGUUACAGACGAGGAGAAGGAGAAGUUCAUGGAGAAACUCAACAGAGAUGUAGAGUUCCUGGUGAAGCUGAAGAUCAUGGACUACAGCCUGUUGCUCGGCAUCCAUGACAUCGGCCGAGCCGAGCGGGAGGAGGAGGAGGGCGGGGAGGUGUCCAACGAGGAGGAAGCCGAGUCGGAGAACGGGCUGGCUCCGGGCCCCGCCGCAGGUUCUUACGGAACGUCUCCUGAAGGGAUCGCUGGUUACAUGUCGUCCUGCAAGCCUCUGGGGCCGGGCGAGUUCGACCCCUACGUGGAUGUUUACGCCCUCCGGAGCUGCCCAGGUGCCCCACAGAGGGAGGUCUACUUCAUGGGCCUGAUCGACGUUCUCACACAAUACGACACCAAGAAGAAAGCCGCUCACGCCGCAAAAACGGUCAAACACGGGGCCGGGGCUGAAAUCUCCACGGUCCAUCCUGAGCAGUACGCCAAACGCUUUCGGGACUUCAUCUCGAAGAUUUUCGCGUAAGCCUCCGCCUGCGGACGCUGCCAGAAGUCAUUCCAGCCUUCAACUGUAGAUCAACACUAGUAUGCACACAUGGAUCAAUAUUUAAAUUAGGUGACAAGACAAAACUUGUAGCAUUAUGAUGCAUAUAUUUAUUUUGAAGAUAUAUAUAUAUAUAUAUUUCUUUAGGUAUUGAACACUGUUGGGAACAGUAGUGUAUGUGGGAAAUGGGAGCACUUUUGAUCAUGAACUGAUGGGGGUUUGAAUAGUUGUUUUUGUUUUGUUUUUUCAUUUUGGUUUUCAAACAUUAAACUAAAUAAAUAAAGUUACAAUAAAUAGUCGAUGCACAAUAAAUAUUUAGAUUAGCUUUUUCCAAAAGGAACUGCUCUGGUUUGGAGAGUCUGGUUGGAUGUUCUCUUUUCCUUCGUUUCCACUGAGCGGUAUGGUGAUAAUAUCCAAAAUAUCAAUAUUAUUGAUAAUAAUAAUAAUACCUAACCUUUUGGAUUAGGGAAACCUUGCACUCAACGUUUGGAUUGCAACAAUGUUAUUCCAGGAGUUCCAGGACGUUUGGCUUUACAGCUGUAUUUUCUGUACAAUGGCUGCUGGAAAAGACAAGUGUUUUGUUGUUUACUUAUCAUCCAGAAGCCACUUGUUGCAUUCUUGUUGGUUGUGCAGGAGGCUCCACUUCUGCUUUUCAAAGAUGUACGGUUGUAUAACUGCAUCCGUUUGCUGCCAUUUUCAGCUCAUCCUGACUAAAAUUGUGUUAUCUAAAAUGACUUUGUGCAAAACAAAUGCAAUGUAACAUGUUCUGUGAUCCAUCCUAACCUGUUCAACGAAGCUUAAUACAACCGUGGAAUGAUUUGAUUCAAUUCGCUUUUACACCGAAAGCAGACGAACCGCUCAGUCGAAACGAAGCGCUGCGUUGUGCGAAGUAUGAUCAAUCGCUCGUGGUUGAAUCUUGAAGGAUUUCUGACAGCUGAGCCAAACAUGAAGCUGAAAAACAGAAGCACAAGAGUGUCUUUGUUCCCAGUAACGUCUCAAACCUCCAGUCUCGCCAUAUUUUAACUGAAAACAGACGCCAAAACAAAAAUAACCAGCAAGAGUGACAGAUACUCAGAACUGGUUAAUUAUGGACAGAGCUGAGCUGUUAGCUGCGUCCAGUCUUUAUGCUAAGCUAAACAUUUACCAUUAGUUUGUGGAAACACAAGCCACUUCCCAGAAUUAUUCCCCAAACCUUUAAAUGAAUACUAGAUUUGUCAUUUAGAAUAAAGCAGCUUUUGGUAAACAUUCAUCCAUAGAAGCAGGUAUUUGUAGUUCUUAGUGCCAAAAGCUUUAUCACAGCAGAUAUUUACAUUUUGCCAAUUAAUCUGACCUUUUUUUGUUUUGUUUAAGGGGGGGGUUUAAAAGAUCAAAAGCUAAUUCAGCUGCAUUUUUUAUCAAAAUUUGUAGCAUGUUGCCGGAGAUUGAUGGAAACUAAGCAAUCAUAUCUAAGCCUGUGAACAUGUCUUCCAGCUGUUUAAGCCUCCGAACUAAUGAGGAGCUCCUUCGUGAGGAGACUGGUCCAGAUUCUGGGCCGCCGGGUCUCCAUCCUGGUUCUGAUUGAAUAGUGUGGUGGUUUGUGCGUUUAAGUGGCAAAUGUGUGUUUUAUUAUUCUGAUUUAAGGUUAAAAUUAGGCGUUACUCUCUAGAGUCACUACAUUUUAUCAGCUUGGCCUUAACACAGUGAGGUUUUGAGCUUUCCUGACAGCAGGUGAGGCAGAAUGAAUGCAGAUGCUUCGUCUGUACGAUGCCUCGUCUAAACGUUAGCUGCACAUGAUGUAUUUUUUGCAAAUUAGCUUUUGGACCAAAUUAUAUUUUACAAAUAUUUUUCCGGAAUCCGUUGGAACGCAUUUUCCUGGGAAAUGUGUGAGAGCGCUUGAUGACUGGUGAAAAUGAGUUCUGGAUCUGCCGGUGGUCUUUAGAGUCCGGAUCGACUUCGUGUGACACUUUCGUCUUAGAAAUACCUCAAGUUUUUAAAUGUCCAGAGGAAGAACGCUGUUGUUGUUGUUGUUGUAAAACAUUUCCUCUGACAUCAUUCCUCUUAUCAAAUGAUCAUUUGUUCAUCAUGAUUUUGACUUCUUCCUUUUGUGUCUGGAUAACGUGUUUUUCAUGUACUUUGUAAGCUAAAGUAAAAAUGUGCAAGUGUCAGCUUUUACAUGUAACAAAACUAUUUUUAGGGGGCAACGUAUUAAACUUGUAAACUUUAUUUUUGCUUUUAUUUGACACUAAAAACUCAGUUUUGUGUGACGCA